CCCGAACCCCACCAAAGCUACCACCUGCAUGACACACGCCCGUACUGUACACUACAGCAGUAGCUUCAGUACCUGUUGCGGGGAGCUUCCAACGUGGAAGUUCUCGGCAGCAACGAACUUGGGACCAUGGCCCGAACCCCUUGUCCUGGUCCUCGCUCAUUCAUUGUCCAGUCCCAUAGUUAAUCCCAUCGAGUAGCAUAUUCAUCAUGCUAUCUAGCAUUACGCCCGAGACUCCGCCCGGUAACCUCGCCGCCCUGGCUGAGGACCAUUACUUCGGCGCCAAUCCACCGCCAAAGGACUUAGAGAAGCAUGUUGCUCAGGCUCGCGCCUUUAUCGACUACCACUCGGCUGCCGGCCGCCGACUAGUGCUGGUUACGUCAGGGGGAACAACGGUGCCGCUGGAGAAACAGACCGUGCGGUUCAUCGACAACUUCUCAGCCGGUACUCGUGGAGCUACGAGUGCCGAAUACUUUCUUGAAGCUGGAUAUGCCGUCCUCUUCUUACAUCGCCAAUUCUCUUUGCUUCCAUUCUCGCGCCACUAUAGCCAUGCAACAGACUGCUUCCUCGAUUUUCUCCGGGAGGGGCCUGACGGCAGCGUGGUGGCUCGGGACGAGGAUGCGGCUAAGAUGCUGCACGUGCUGCGCAAGUACCGCGAUGCGCGGGACCGCAACAUGCUUCUCGUCCUACCCUUUGUCAGCAUCUCUGACUAUCUGCAUGAGCUGCGCAGCAUUGCCCGGCUGAUGCGCCCGCUGGGCCCGCGAGGCCUGCUGUAUCUGGCCGCUGCUGUUAGCGACUUCUUCGUCCCCCCCGACCGCAUGUCGGAACACAAGAUCCAAAGUACAAACGCUGUUGACGCUGUCAAGAAGGUGGGUGCCGCUGCAGGCGCCCGCCCGGGAGCUGCCGAGGAAGAGGAGACAUUCGACAAUUUCGAUUCAUCCCCGUCAAUUCCUAGGAGCAAGCGGCUAGUAAUCGAUCUUGACCCUGUGCCCAAGUUUCUGAAGAACCUGGUCGAGGGCUGGUCACCGCAGGGCAUGAUUGUCUCGUUCAAGCUGGAGACGGAUCCCACUAUCCUCGUGCACAAGGCGAGGUACUCUCUCGAUCGGUACCAACACCACCUGGUGAUUGGCAACUUAUUAUCCACGCGCAAGUGGGAAGUUGUCUUCGUCUCACCCGGAAACCCGGACCACUGGAUUCGCGUGCCAUUUCGCAAGGGCUCAACCGAAGACAGCAUCCCAGACACAGUCGCAGCAAAUGACGAACCUCUUGAUCCCAAGAGCCUCCCUGAUGGCGAGCCCGAGGUUGAAAUUGAGAGCCUCAUCAUUCCGGCGGUGCAGGAAUUGCACUCCAAGUACAUCCAUACCUUUGAGGAGAAGGCGCGAGCAUGAGAGGAAACUCAGCGUUGGUUUGGGAUUUUUGUAUUGUUUUCUCUUUUGCAUAGAUUAGAUCAGCACCCCGAUAGCGACCAGAGCCCUGUGGCACUUCAGAAUAUACGUCUUGAUUUUGUCCG